AUGCAGAACAGAACAUUAGUCACUGAAUUCAUUCUGACUGGUAUGUCAGAUGCCUAUGAUUUCUAUGGUUUUCUCCUUGGUCUCUUUUUGCUCCUGUAUGUAGCCAACAUCUCUGGAAACCUAGUGGUGGCAGCUGUCACCUUCUGGGACCCACAGCUCCAGACACCCAUGUACUUCUUCACUGGCAACCUGGCUUUCAUUGAUGUCUUCUACUUCUCCACCACUGUGCCCAAAAUGUUCUUAGGGCUAGCUGCCCAUAGUAAUCGCAUCCCCUAUGCAGGGUGCAUAGCUCAGAUGUUUUUCUUCCAUCUUCUGGGCAGCACCGAAGCCAUGUUGCUGGCCAUCAUGGGCUAUGACCGCUACUUGGCCAUCUGCCAUCCUCUCCACUACCCUGUCCUAAUGAGUCACCAGCUACGCUGGACCUUAACUGCCUCUGUGUGGACAGCCAGCUUCUUCCACUCACUUCUCCAUGCCAUCAUGCUGUCCCAUCUCUCCUUCUGCCAAAACAACUGGGUGGAGCACUUCUUCUGCAAUAUCUCCCCUCUCCUAGCCCUCUCUUGCUCUGACACCAGAAUCAAGCGGACCUUGCUAGCUGGGGUCGCCUGUUCCAUUAUCAUGGGUUGUUUUGCCUUAACACUGACAUCCUAUGGUUUCAUCCUACGGGCAGUGGUGACCUGCAAAAGGCAAAUCAUGUGCCAGUUCCAGUAA